AUGGAGCCUGCUGGGAAGAUACUCUUCUUCGGAGAUACCUCCUUGCCCUUAACGGCGGCAUUGUCCCAGCUGCUCAAAUCACAGCGGAGGAAUACUUUGCUUUCGAAGUUUCUCAUAUCAGCUCAUGAAGCACUUCGUGAGGGUAUCAAGAACCUUCCGCAGCAUGUCCGGGCAGAUGCGUUGAGGUUGACGUCGCUGUUCGAUUUUGUGAAUGUUGAGAAUCAGACAUCGCAUAGCUUGCGCGUACUAUCACCCGCACUUCUUGUUCUCGUUCAGUUAGGGAACUGUAUAUCGUGGUAUGAGAACCAUCCACAUGUGGAAUUUCCCAGCUCAAGGGAUUCGGUACAUAUUGGGCUAUGUGUAGGCCAAUUAUCUGCUGCUGCAGUCGGUCUUUCAAGCAGUCUUCUGGAGCUUGUUACGCUCGCAGUGGAAGUUAUCAGGGUCGCAGUUCGGCUGGGAUCGUUGGCGUUCACCGUUGGGGGUGACUUGGAGGACGAUAGCGAAGGAGCACCAUGGGCGCUCUUGGUGAACACAGAUAUAGUGUCAAAAGAUGAUUUGCUCUCUUUGGUCGCAACACUGGUAACGUAUUCCCCGAGACAGCAAUUCGAGUGCUCUUCUGACAUCGUUCAGGACACCCCAGCUGGAAAAUGUGCGUUUAUCACAGCAGAGUUCGAGCGGACAGUCACAGUACAAGGUCCUCCAUCAACGCUGGCUCGAUUUAGAAGAGCACUUCUUGAGAAGGCCGCUCCCGCAAAUUCAAAUCAGUUGGGCCGGCCAGUCCCCAUAUUCGCUCCGUAUCAUGCUCCGCAUCUCUACACAGAAGCGGAGAUCGCGGGCCUGACGGAGGCCCUAGACACGAGAAUUGCAGAGCAACAAUCCAGAUCUCCACCUCAAAUUUUCUCUGCAGGAAAUGGAGAAACUUAUAGCAAAGGCACUUGCAGGGAAGUGCUCACCGAAGCCUUGACAGAUAUACUAAUUCGCCCAAUCCGAUGGAAGCAUCUUUGUCAAGGAGCCGGAUCUUCUAUUGCAAAGGCAAGUCUAUCGAGCUGGGAGAUCCAAUGUUUUGGGCCAGUGCAUACGCAGAAAGCACUUGCCUCCAAUCUGAGUUCAGCACUGGGUUCCAGCAUUUCCAUAACCGAUACCUCAAUAUCGAAUGAUGGAACCGGGGUCGACGGAGGAUUUGACACACCCAUUGCUAUUGUUGGGAUGGCAGGUCGGUUCCCCGACUCUGAUAGUGUGGAGGAGCUCUGGCAGAUUCUCUCCAAUGGCAUUGACUGCCACAAAGUGAUCCCAAGUGAUAGAUUCGACCCAGCCAUAUAUGUGUCGAAAGAUGGCAAAUACAAGAACAAAAGUGCAACGGAGUUCGGCAACUUCAUGAAGAGUCCUGGCAUGUUCGAUGCUCGAUUUUUCAAUAUGUCACCCCGAGAAGUCAUGCAGACUGAUCCUCAGCAGCGGUUGGCUUUGGUAACUGCAUACGAAGCACUUGAGAUGGCAGGUUAUGUACCCGGUCGAACGCCAUCUACGCAGAUGGAGAGGAUCGGCACGUUCUACGGGCAGACGACGGACGAUUAUAAAGAUGUCAAUGUGGUGCAAGAGAUAGACACGUACUACGUGUCUGGCGUCGUUCGCGCUUUUGGUCCUGGACGUGUAUCGCGCGCGAAUCAACUUGGUGGCCCGAGCGUGAGCGUCGACACGGCCUGUGCCUCCAGUGCCACAGCGUUAAAUCUGGCUUGCACGUCAAUAUGGAACAACGAGUGCGACACAGCCGUUGUUGGGGGCAUGAUGCUUCUCAACAGUCCGGACAUGUAUGCCGGCCUGUCGCGCGGACACUUCGUCUCGAGUGACGGACCAUGCAAGACAUUCGACGACGAGGCGAACGGAUACUGCCGGGGCGAAGCUGUAGCAAGCGUCGUUCUCAAGCGGUUAGAUGCUGCCACAGCGGACAACGACAAUAUUCUCGGUGUCAUUCUUGCAUCCGCGACAAAUUACUCCGCAUACGCGGCAUCGAUCACUCAACCUCAUGCUGGCGCACAAGAGACGUUGUUCCGGAAAGUUCUCUCCCAAGCGGCAGUUCAACCAGAUGAAAUUGACUAUGUCGAGCUUCAUGGGACGGGCACACAGCUCGGCGACGCCAUCGAAAUGGCUUCUGUGUUGAAUGUCUUGGCGCCAGAGUCUCCUGUCCGGGCGGCGGAAAGGCCACUAUACGUCGGCUCUAUCAAGGCGAACAUCGGCCAUGGAGAAUCCGCCUCGGGGAUCUCAGCUUUGAUCAAAACUUUGCUUCUCUUCCAGAAACAGCAGAUUCCCCCUCAUGUUGGUAUCAAGAGCGGUCGGUUGAACCGCACAUUCCCCUCACUGGAGAAAAGACGCGUGAGAAUCGCCGACAGAUUGACACCAUUCCCUGCGAUAUCCGGUCGCAGGCGAAAGGUUUUGAUCAACAAUUUCGGCGCUGCCGGUGGAAAUUCCAGUUUCAUACUUGCAGAAGGCAACUUUGCCGACUCUGCCCCUGAAUCUCAAAAGUCGACCGUGCAGCGCGAUCAUGUGAUUAGCGUGACCGCGAAAUCAGACGCGUCGCUUCAGGGAAAUCUGAGAAAUUUGAUCGAUUACCUGGACAAAUAUCCAGAGACUGCGAUCGAAGAUCUAGCAUACACAACCACCGCACGCAAAGUUCAGCAUCCACUACGUGUUUCCGUCACUUCUUCGACGACAUCUCAGGCCAAGAAAGCUCUUUCCGCGGCAUUACAACGUACAGUCACUCGACCAACGAGCAAAUCACAAGAUGUCAUUUUCGCUUUCACUGGCCAGGGCUCCUUGUCACCAGGAGUUGCAAAGCAGCUCUUCGAGACCAAUUCUACGUUCCGGUCGCACCUUACUCGAUUCGAGCGUGUUGCGGUAGACCAGGGAUUUCCUCCAUAUGUCGAAGAGGUCAUUCGCGGUGCGCAUGCCUUUGACCAACUCUCCCCUGUUCAGACACAGCUGUGCCAUGUAUCAAUACAGAUGGCGCUGUUCAAGAUGUGGUCAUCUUGGAACAUCAAGCCUCGCGCCGUCAUCGGCCAUAGCCUUGGUGAAUAUGCUGCCUUCUUUGCUGCAGGAGUCCUGUCUGCCAGUGACACGUUGUAUCUUGUUGGCCGACGUGCAUCCCUUCUUCAAUUGAAGUGCACUUCCUCGACACAUUCAAUGUUGGCAGUGAAUUUGCCAAUGAGUGGCAUACAGAAGAUCAUUCGUGAGCGGUUGAACAACGUGGAAGUUUCCUGUUUGAAUGGACCGUCGGACGUUGUCAUCAGCGGCCCUGUGGCUUCCAUCAGAGAGGCUCAUGGGCUACUGAAGGCCAGUGGAACAUCAUGCACCAUGUUGAAUGUUCCAUAUGCCUUCCACUCAUCGCAGAUCGACCCCAUCCUGGCACCUUUUGAUCAUGAGUUGAUGCAAGUUCCAUUUUCAACGCCUCGGAUCCCUAUUUUGUCAACCUUGCUUGGACGAACCUUGCAGGUGGGCGAAGACAUAGGACCAAGCUACUUUAUACGCCAUGCUCGAGAGCCAGUCCAAUUCUUGGAUGCUCUGCGAACUGCACAGAAUGAGGAUAUAAUUACGACAAACACUACCUUCAUUGAACUCGGUCCGCAUCCUGUCUGCCUAGGCAUGAUUCGGUCUACCCUUGGUCUCAGCGAACGGUUACUUCCUUCGCUCCAUAGGAAGGAAGACUCACUCGCUACAAUCUGCAGAUCCCUGGCAGCUCUGAAUGACCAGGGAUUUUCGAUCGACUGGAAUGAGUAUCAUAACAGCUUUGAAUCUACCCCAAAGCUCCUCAACCUUCCAACCUACGCAUUUGAUGAGAAGAGGUAUUGGAUUGAGUAUCAGAACAAUUGGCUUCUGCAACGCCACGAAGCUGCAGCUUCGUCUGUGCCUGACAAGUCUAUUCAAAAAUUGACAACGACGGUGCAGCGAGUCGUCUCUUCAACCGUCCAGGGUGAAUAUGCCACGGUGAAUUUUGAGUCCGACUUGUCCGAUCCGUCUCUGCACAGGUUGAUUGCAGGCCAUGUCCUCAACAAAGUCGCAUUAUGUCCAUCGGGAGUUUUCGCGGAUAUUGCUCUCACUGUAGCAGACUAUUUUCGCACGCACUUCGUAUUCCCUGGUCCUGUUACUGGUAUGAACGUGGUCAAGUUGGAGAUGACCAGUCCAGUCCUCAUGCCUGUGGAGCGACCUGCGGAAUCGAAGAUGCUUCAGAUCGUGGGAGAAGCAAACCUCGCAUCGAACUCAAUUGGACUGCGCGUGGGAAUACUGGAUGAUCGAAGUGGAGCUUUACAGCACCACGCUUCAUGUCAGAUCGUGUUCGGAGAUUCAGAGUUGUGGGCCCAAGCGUGGAACAAAAAUGCCUAUUUGAUACUCGAGCGAAUGGAAGAUCUCGAGCGUGGUGUUCUCGCCGGAACGACCAGUCAUAUUUCCCACGAAAUGGUCUACAAGCUGUUUGCGAAUGUGGUCCAAUAUGACGAGCGAUAUCAAGGCAUGCAGGAAGUCAUCGUUGAUUCACGAAAACUGGAAGCGGUUGUUUCGCUGGCACUUUACCAAGGGGCCGAUGCGGGGACUUUCUUCUGCUCGCCUCUAUGGCUCGACAAUCUGGCGCAAAUAGCCGGUUUCAUCAUGAAUGCGAUUGGGACAGUCAACCCCCGCGAGUUCACUUACAUCUCCCAUGGGAUCGAAAGCUACCAGAUUGCGGAAGAAAUCGAUCCCCGUCUUCCCUACCGGGCGCAUGUGAGAAUGCUGCCCGAGGAGAAGAAUGUUUUCGUGGGCGAUGUCUCGAUAUUCCAAGGCAAACGUAUGGUCGCCCGAUGUGGAGAUGUCAAGUUCAAGAAGAUUCCACGGGCCUUGAUUGAAAGGCUUCUUUCCUCUUCGACACCGCAAGAGCCUUCUAGCAAGCGUGCUGAGAGUGGAAUCACGCCUAGAAGAGAGCUGAAGGUGAUCCAGAAAUCUAUCGUUUCGAAACAGCCGAGUACCAGUUCAAGCAUCGACAGUCUCAGGAAGCUUCUAGCUUCGCAAAUCGGCAUUUCCGAAGAUGAUCUCUCAGACGACAGCAGCUUCAUCGAACUUGGAGUGGACUCUUUGCUCUCUAUGACCAUUCUAUCCCAGAUUCAAGCAUCCCUCAACAUAGAGCUCCCUGCUUCUGCCUUCACUGAUCUUCCCACCUUCGGUGAUUUGUGCAACCAUGUUCUGAAAGGGUUACCGGAUCAGUCUACAGGACCCCUUCUAACUCCCGGGUCAAGCACUUCCGAGUCUGACAUUUCCUCGCCCCCGAGUCUAUAUGACAUCCCACUGGAAUCCUCAAAUGAUGCACGUCUUCUGGAAGUCUACUCGGUUAUCGCAAGCGAGAUAGGCGUCGAUGUUCAGGAGGUCCUGACAACCGACGAUCUCUCGGUUCUCGGCCUGGACUCAAUGAUGGCAAUUUCCAUUGUUGGGGCUUUGGAAGACAAAAUCGGAGUUCGGCUUCCGUCCGAUACAUUUGAGUCAUCUUCAAAGAACAUGCACAGCAUUCUGAGUGAAAUGUUCGGCCCCUCGCAUCCCUCUGUCUCACAGCCUCCGAUAGCCAAGGAUCCGGCCGCCAACCAGAAAGAAUCAUCUUUCCCCUCUUCCAUUCUCCUCCAGGGCGACAGCUCAAACACCAAGACCCUAUUCCUCUUCCCGGACGGGAGUGGUCUCGCCAGUGCAUACGCGAAAAUUCCCCGGAUCUCCAGUGACCUGCGCGUGUGCGGGUUGAACAGCCCCUUGCUGUAUUCAGCCGGCCACACCCCGGCGGACAUAGAAAGCAUAGCCGCAAGAAUGGUCCAAGUGAUGCGAGAACACCAGCCACAUGGCCCGUACCUGUUAGGCGGGUGGUCAGCGGGUGGUCUCUACGCCUUCGAAGCCGCCAGAGGACUACUACAGGCGGGUGAACAGGUUGAAUCACUAAUUCUCAUCGACUCGCCCUGUCGCCUCCGCUACGACGCUAUGCCUGUCUCUAUAUUGGAUUUGAUCUCAAGCAAGCGGGCUCUAAGCCGCGAGGUUCGAGAUCACUUUUUGCGGACUAUCAGCGCUGUUGAGAAAUAUUCACCACGUCCGCUGCCGCGUAAAGCCUGUCGGGCGACGCUUGUCUGGGCUGAAAACGGACUGUACGGCCAAGAGGACGCCUGUCUGCCUACGGAUAUCGACAUUCACAACCCUAUUGUGGAAUGGUUGCUCAAAAGGGGUGGGGAGUUGGAUGCGCUGGGCUGGGAGGAACUUCUUCCAGGUGUGCAGCUUGGUAUUAAGACCAUGCAGGGAAAUCAUUUCAGUAUGGUUCAGGAUCCUAAUGCGGGUUACUUGAGUGCGGCAAUUGCAGAGGCGCUCUAG